GAUAAAGCAUUGAUAACUGUUUUCAUCUUUUUCAGUUUACACACUCAAAAGCUUGCUGGGGCCUAUGAGGCAUGCUGGUGGUGCCUUUCCCAUUCAGCUUUGUUCUCAUACCUAUCUUCAACUACUGUAAUCCCAUCCUGAACUCACAUUCCUCUACACCUCGUGAUCUGGUGCCUGGCUAACAUUCCAGCUAUGCUUAAAAAGGCCCCCUUCCUUAAUUACCCUGAUCUUUUACUUUAGAUAAGUAAGACAUCAAGUCAUGUUUGUUCUUUUCUUUGUCCUUUGUGUUUUGUAGGACAUUCUCCCUGCCUAGAAGAUUUCUCCUUUUCUGUUGUCAGCUAUUAAGAUGUUACCCAGGGCCCAGCUGAAAUUGGCCUCCCUCAACCAAUUCAGAACAACCCCAGCUGGAAAUUAUUUCUUUUUAGAAUCCCAUAAACACUCAUUAUAUCUAUAAUUAUUUCACUUAGCAAGCAUUUCCUGAGUAUAGAUAUAUACCAGGUACCAUGCCGGACAAUGUAGAGAUAAGUAAGACUCAGUCCUUGCUGCAGGGAGCUCAUUUUAGUGAGAGAGAUAAGGGAAUAAUUCCAACACUGAUAAGUACACUGAGUGAGCGUUCUUUCUGUGAUACAGAGGUAGCGCAGACGGGGGGUGGGUCAUUAAUUUUUGAGGAGUGUGCUAUGACCAGGUAAUGCUUCACAAUGUGGGGUUAACUAAGCUUUAUUAUUUACUAUGUACUGGAUAUUACAUAUAAGUUUCUCUUGUUUAAUCAUUUUACUCUCAAUUUACAGAUUAGGAAGACUCAAUAAAUUACAUAGCUGGUACAAGACAGCCAAGAUUCAAACCCAGGUGUGUCCGUGGCUGAGUUUGAGAAGCACUGUACUUGUACCAGACCCCCUUUAACUGGAUCUUGGUGGAUGGUAGGUGAGCCCGUGAAACAAUAUGAAGAGGAGAAAAUAGCCUUUUAAGGAAAUUGGCCCACAGAAAGGAUGGCCUUCUUGGACAAUCCAACUAUCAUUCUAGCUCAUAUUCGACAGUCACAUGUGACCAGUGAUGACACAGGAAUGUGUGAAAUGGUUCUCAUUGAUCAUGAUGUUGACCUAGAGAAGAUGCAUCCUCCUUCAGUGCCCGGAGACAGUGGGUCAGAGACUCAGGGAAGCAGUGGUGAGACUCAGGGCUACGUGUAUGCCCAGUCAGUCGAUAUUACCUCAAGUUGGGACUUUGGUAUUAGAAGACGCUCAAAUACAGCUCAAAGAUUAGAACGACUCCGAAAAGAGAGACAAAACCAGAUCAAAUGCAAAAAUAUUCAGUGGAAAGAAAGAAAUUCUAAGCAAUCAGCCCAGGAGUUAAAGUCACUGUUUGAAAAAAAGUCCCUCAAAGAGAAACCUCCAAGUUCUGGGAAGCAGUCAAUAUUAUCUGUACGCCUGGAGCAGUGCCCUCUGCAACUGAACAACCCCUUUAAUGAAUAUUCCAAAUUUGAUGGCAAGGGUCAUGUAGGCACAACAGCCACCAAGAAGAUCGAUGUCUACCUCCCACUACACUCAAGCCAGGACAGACUGCUGCCAAUGACCGUGGUGACAAUGGCCAGCGCCAGGGUGCAGGACCUGAUCGGGCUCAUCUGUUGGCAGUACACAAGCGAAGGACGGGAGCCGAAACUCAACGACAAUGUCAGUGCCUACUGCCUGCAUAUUGCUGAGGAUGACGGGGAGGUUGACACAGAUUUCCCCCCACUGGAUUCCAACGAGCCCAUUCAUAAGUUUGGCUUCAGUACUUUGGCCCUGGUUGAAAAGUAUUCAUCUCCUGGUCUGACAUCCAAAGAGUCACUCUUUGUUCGAAUAAAUGCUGCUCAUGGGUUCUCCCUUAUUCAGGUGGACAAUACAAAGGUCACCAUGAAAGAAAUCUUGCUAAAGGCAGUGAAGCGAAGAAAAGGAUCCCAGAAAAUUUCAGGCCCUCAGUACCGCCUGGAGAAGCAGAGUGAACCCAAUGUCGCCGUGGACCUGGAGAGCACUUUGGAGAGCCAGAGCGUUUGGGAGUUCUGCCUGGUCCGCGAGAACAGUUCAAGGGCAGAUGGGGUUUUCGAGGAGGAUUCGCAAAUUGACAUAGCUACAGUACAGGAUAUGCUUAGCAGCCACCAUUACAAGUCAUUCAAAGUCAGCAUGAUCCACAGACUCCGAUUCACAACCGAUGUACAGUUAGGUAUCUCUGGAGACAAAGUAGAGAUAGACCCUGUUACGAAUCAGAAAGCCAGCACUAAGUUUUGGAUUAAGCAGAAACCCAUCUCAAUCGAUUCUGACCUGCUCUGUGCCUGUGACCUUGCUGAAGAAAAAAGCCCCAGUCACGCAAUAUUUAAACUCACGUAUCUAAGCAAUCACGACUAUAAACACCUCUACUUCGAAUCUGAUGCUGCUACGGUCAAUGAAAUCAUGCUGAAGGUUAACUACAUCCUAGAAUCACGAGCAAGCACUGCACGGGCUGACUAUUUUGCUCAGAAACAAAGAAAACUGAACAGACGUACAAGCUUCAGCUUCCAGAAGGAGAAGAAAUCAGGGCAGCAAUGACACUGGCCUCCAGCCUCAAUCUGUUGCCAUAGCUCAGAGCCUGUCUGCCAGGGCCAGGUGGCCUAGAGCCCCCCCUGUGUCCUGCAGUCCUCGGGGGAGGCCAGCCCCUGGCUCCCAGGGACAGGGCUGGUGGGCUCCUGGGAAAGGGAUGGCACCCCUUAGGACAGAGCUGGGGACAUUUCCAUGGGACUGAAGCCUGAGUAGCAGCGGCUUUAAUUAGUGCCCAGGGCCAGACGCCGAGAGGAGCCACGUGCUGCCCAGCCAUCGUCACUGCCUGACCGCCCGCCCGAGGAUGUACAUAGCCAUGCCCAGACAUUUCCUUGCAACUUGAUCAAAUUUCUUAAACGAACAAAAAUGUACAUUUCUUUUUCCUUUUAAUAAACAGGUGUGCUCCUUAUCAUGGUUGGUAUGACGGGCCAUUCUUUGGGGCGGAGGAUUGAUUGUGUUACUCACUUUAAAAUCUGUUCCCAUAUUGAACAGGCAGAUUGGAAAAGCUAUGGCUCGAUUUCUCAGAAGAAAUGUUUAGGGCUUAGUCAAUAGUUUUAACUACGCCAUUUGUUUAAAUGAGCGCGAUGCUUUGAGGACAGUGUCUUACUAAGGUUAGGAAGGGGAGCUAGUGGUGUGUGUCCGAGGCUGCGCCAUUUCCCCCUUCAGAAGCCUCCCCCGCUCGUCCCAGCACCCUGAUCUCAGCGGCGUGGAGAGGACGCGCCCCGGGAGAAGGGGGUGGCAGCUGGUCUUCAGGUCACGGUCAUGCUCAGCUCCAGCCGGAAGUGGUCUUUUCCGUUCUUAAGUAGCAAGUGUCCAUUUGAACGAGCGACCAGGCCUGCAUGUGGGUUUCUCCUGGGCGCGUCUCGCUCUGCUCGCCUGGAAGGGCCUCAGUCCCCUUUCUUCCUUUCCUUGGCGCCAGCCUUCGUGUGCGGCCGGCUGGCAGCUGCUGCUUUUCACUGCACCAGGGACAGUGAGCAGGGCACAGGGAGGCCGGCCUCCUCGCGAGCACGACUGGCGUCCUCCGACGCCACACCUCUGGCCACACAGAUGCCUCUACGGUCCUCACCAGCCUCAGGGUCCCCCCAGGAUGAAGUCCUCUCGCGGGGCUCGCCCCAGGGUCGGGGGCCAGGUGUUUCACUGAGGAUCUGCAUUUCAAACUGUUUUUAAGUCGUCGUACAGGAAGAGAUGUGACGAAAACCUGCAUCUCAAAGCCGAGUGUAUUUCUCUGCGCGGUCAUUUUAAUGAAUUCCUUUUUCAUUCUGAUCUUUGUUCAGCCAACAGAAGCAGCCUUUUCUAAUGUCUUCCGUCCCUGCCCACCUAGAAAUAAGAAAAGAAUUCUCAUUUGUAGCUUGCUAUCUGUAUUUGCAUUUUUAGCAAUUUUAUAUUUAGAUAUCUUUGAAAAAUGUAAAUGACCAAUUUGGUUAUUAAAUCCUGUGACAUAUUCAGUAUUAAAAUAAAAGUCCUGUAAAUACCA